AUGACACGUGUUAUCUUAGUGACAUGUGUCAAAUUCGUGUUGCCAGCUGUGUUUAGUGGCCCUAUAAAUUUGCAUGGCACGGCUUCUUACGGUCUCUUUAGAGCUUUUCCUAAGAUCCGAGCUCCUCCGAGAACUCUUGCGGUGGUGAUUGGUCGGAAAAACUCUAGCGUCUUUUUUGCCUCAUCGGUUAAUAACCAUUCUAAGGGAAGAAACGGUCCAGUAGAGAAAGCGAGAGACUCAAGGGCUGAUUUGGCUAAUGAUUCAAGGAAAUGGAGAGAAGAAUCUGGCGAAGACUUAGAGGCUUGCAAAGAACAAGCUAAGGACAAAGCUUAUGAUAUGGAAGACAAGACGAAAGAAAACGCUAAGGACCAAGCUCAUAAUGCGAAAGAUAAGGCGGAAGAGGCUAAGGAUAAAGUGAACGAAGGAGCGAGUAGAGCAGCUGGUAAAGCUUACGAGACAAAAGAGAAGGCCAGGGACAAAGCUUAUGAUGUGAAAGAGAAGACAAAAGAUUCUGCUGGAAAGGCCAAGGAUAAAGUGAAUGAAGGAGCAAGUAGAGCAGCUGAUAAAGCUUACCAGACGAAAGAGAAGGCUAAGGACAAAGCUUAUGAUGUGAAAGAGAAGACGAAAAAUAAAGCGGAAGAGACUAAAGAUAGAGCCAAAGAAUAUGAAGAGGAUUCAAAUGAGAAAUCAGAGGAUUUGGUUCACGGGUUUAAGGAAAAGGCUCAAGAUGUUGGGGAAAAGACUAUGGAGACCGUGAAAAAUGCGUGGGAGAUGGCGAAGAGCAUGGCUCAGAAGGUUACAGAGGCAGUGGUUGGGUCCGGUGAGGAGGCGGAUAAGGCGCGGGAUGAUGUUGAUAAGGGCGUCGAAGAUUUGUCGAAAAAGGGUAAGGAAAAUUGGAAAGACGAUGAUGAUGAUCUAAAGGGGUUCUAAGUUCAUCAAUAUAUAUAUAUAUAUAUAUAUAGAUAUUUACUAGUCAAAAGUGUUCCUCUUUGUGUUUGAAGUUUUCUGUUUCAGAACUUUGACAGCAAGUUUUCAGAGCUUUUACAGUCUCUCUCCUAGGUUUGAGAUUGAUCUGUAAGAGAUAUCAUGUGAUCGUCAAAGACUAAAGUCUAAAUUCUACUUAAUAGAGUAAGGAGUCAUGAAUAAGAGAGAAUAAUAUUUUACUUCACACUCAAGUAAAGAAACUUCGAGUGUGGUUGGUUCUGUUGGUCUUGGCUUCCAGAUUUAAGAGAAAAGUAGAACUUGACUCGCACACCAGUGUGGAUGUUUGAUUUAACUUAUUUUCAACCUAGAUUCCUACACCGUUGGUUUUAUAAAAAAAAUAAUAUAUAUUUUUAUGUUUUAUAAUUUACAUAUAGAGUAAAAUAUAUUAUUAUAUUUGUACAUAAUAUUAUAUUUAAAAUUUUGUAAUUUGAUGCAAUUUGAAGUAAUUGUACUAUUCAUA